CAAUCCAGUCAAUCAUUCUGAUUCUUUUCCUUUCCCCUCCAUCUUCAAACCCCAGCGAGAGAAGUAAACAACCAAGCUAGCAAGAAUCCAAACACCCAAAAACGAGAGAGAGAAAGAGAGACACGAGAGAGGGUUUUAUUUUUUUGGAGAGAGAAAAAAAAAGUAAAAACGUUUUCAACUUCGCAAUGCUAAAUUCUUCUCUUCUCCUGAAAUCAAUUCCUUCCACUUAAAAAGAUCCUUCCUUUGUUCACUAAAGAUCAAGAAAACAAAAUCCCACCAAUGAUUUCUAACCCAAAUCAUGUUUUCUAUGCUUGCAUUGCUAAAGGACCUACCGUUGUUGCUGAAUUCUCACCGGGAAAAGAAUCAGGAAUUGAAAUCAUUGGUCAAAGAUGCGUAGAGAAAACCCCGCCUAACCAUUCCAUGUUUUCUCAUACAAUCCGCAACAAGACUUACACUUUCUUAAUCGAUGACCCUUUUGCCUAUUUUGCUAUUUUUGAUGAGAAUCUCCAGAAGUCUGAGCAUUUGUGGUUUUUGAACCGUGUAAAGAAUGGUUUUGAGGAGUUUUGGGGGUCUAAGAUGAUGAAAGAUGGUGAAAAGAUUGGUUCCUUUUGUUUCCAAGGUGAAUUGCGGUGUAUGUUUAGGGAGAUAUUGGCUCUGGAUGCUGACUUGGUGAAUACUUUAAUGGAGGAAUCAUCAAAGGAUGGUAGGAAUCCAAGCUUGGAUUCGACGAAUGGGAAGGGAGCUGUGACCAGAACUUUGCUUCCCAAGCCAACUAAAGUUUUGAUGAUGAUGAAGAAGAAGCCAUCUGGAGAGGCUAAUGGAGAUCAUCAUGGUGGUGAUUUGGAUAAUAAUAAUUAUAAGGUGAAUGGUGUUGGUGAGCAUGGAAAUAGGGAGGUUUCGGUUUCGAUGAUACGAAAGAGUGGUGCGUUUUAUAUGGGGGAUGGUAAGCAAAAGGCUAAACAGAUUUGGAAGAAGCAUGUUUGGGUGGUUUUGACAUUGGAUUUGAUUGUUUGUGCUGUAUUGUGUGGGGUUUGGUUGUGGGUUUGCAGGGGGUUUAAGUGCAUUGAUGGUUGAAUUGAAGGUAUUGAAACGGGGAUGCUAUUGAUGUACUUUUUUUUAUUGGGGGUGUUCUGCUUGUAUAUUGGUUAUUAACAUUGAAGCUGGCUGCGGUUUCUACAUCCAAGAUAGAGAAGAAGAUGUAACUGGAUUCUUUGAAUAAUUUUUUAUUGACUGGUUCUCAGAGUUCUGUCCUGGCAUGCUGUCAAUGAAUCUGCUGAUGUUCUGUUGCCUUUUGAUCGCAUGAGCGGAAAGUUAUUUUUUCAGAAUGUCCGUGUUUCACUGGGACUUCUUGGUCAGGCUGCAAUUUUUUUUUUUGUCUCU